GAACAGAUGGCGACAGGGAGCCCGCGGUUCUGAGUCCGUAGUGAAAAAUGGCCGGCGCCAACGAUUGUUUCAGCAUUGGGAGUACGGUGGCCUGUAAAACUUGUUACAAGGAGGAGAUCGAAGGCGAGGUGUUGGCAUUCGAUCCACAAACUAAAAUGUUGAUACUGAAAUGUCCUUCUUCGAGUGGAGCACCUACUUUAAAUGACGUACACAUAGUAAAUUUAUCCUUGGUAUCUGAGGUCCAAGUAAAACGGGAAGUUAGCCCCACAACUAGUGAACCACCACAAAGCCUUAAUUUGCAAAAGUUAAACAGAAGAGUGCGUAAUCAAAUUGAAGAGAAAAAGAAACUGGUAAUGGCUCUGCAGGCCGGAGUAUCUCCAGAAGGACAAAAACUCUUCAAUACUAUAUCAAAGACAAUUCCCGAAAUUACAUGGAACGGAACGAAUAUUGUUGUAUUCGACAAUGUCACAAUUAAACCCCCGUACAAAGUUGACAAUGUGCAUGGUAAUACAGAAUCUGGAGCAUACAAACAUGUAAAAAAAGUGGUUGAAAAACAUAUUAAAGAUACAGAAGCAUCGGCACAAGCACAACAGAGGGAACAGCAACAACAGCAAAAGCAAAAAGGAGGUGCUAUGCAAUAAAGGUUCGGAAAAGGCACUAUACUACAAAUAAAGCUACCAAUGCUUUCACAGAAGUUCCAGUGUUGGAGAAAAGUAGGAAAGAAUGAAACCAGAUAAAAAAGAAGAAACCAUUGCAGAACUACUAGAUAAGCCUAUCAUGAAAACCAGCAUUAUAGAGAAAAUUCAAUUUGUUUUAUUAACCAAGUAUUUUGGGACGACCAAAGUGCAAAUCGAGUAUUCAAAUUCCAAAUACGUUUCAAAUACAUUAAUUGUAUUGUAUGUGCAGCAUUUUGUAAAGCAAUGGAUCUACAUCAUACUCAAAUUUUAGUAUAGAGCUCGCUCUUCGAUGAAGAGUGUUGUUUAUUUUAUCUAACGAGCUGCCAUACAUCUUACGUACUGCUGGAACUAUUGUUCAUACAUGUGCUCUGAUGCAGGUGUGUUUUAGUUUAGUUUUACAUUGUUACAAAAUACGUUUAGUAGUUGUUUACAGAUCAUUGACAUACAUGGUGGUAGCAAGACACAUUUGCCAUACAAGUACCAAUUUUUUAAUAUCGGAAAUCGAUCCACGUGAUAUGAUUUAAAUCCGUAUGAAACGGUUCAACAAUUUUUAAACCAACCUCGUAAUACGACAUGUAAAACGAUCAACAAAAAUCUUCACAUACGACUCAUUCGAUUUUGUAACCGACUGGCAUCUUAGUUCAUUCAUUAAUUGAAAUUCAUUUGUCUCAAGUCGCUCACUGUGGUACUAUCGAUCUCUCAAAAUUUGUAAACAAAGAACAAAAACGGAAUCGUUACACUUGAUCACGCCUGCGUCGGCACGAGACGUCUUCGGUCGCGACGCAUCAUUGUAAAAUGAAGAAUAUUCCCUUGCAUAGAACGAGCUAAAGAAUUGUUAUUUAAGGAAACAACAACUUGAUCUGUGCAAGGGCAACUGCCGUCUAGCUUGCACUUAGGAGUAACUUCAUUUGCAAUAACUACGGAAUUCGUCUCGUGCCCUUUACUUUUUGAACGCGGAGAAAUUGUAAAACAGAAAGAAAAGAAAGAUUAUAAAAUUAAUUACAUGAAAAGACACAAAUAAAUGUAAUAUAAAUUCUAA